AGCAGCAGCACCGCCCAUCCAGCUCCAUGUCCGCCUGUUCCCUCCUUAUUCUGCUCACACAGGCGGGCUGAGAGCGGGAGCGCAUAAUAACACGAUAAGGCUCUACGUGAAGACAAACUAAGUGGCGAUGGUAUGAGCUGUUACGGGAAUCGCUUACAAGCCUUCAUUUUCAGGCUCGGGUCGCCGGAAACCUGAAAAGAAAAAAAGCUACAGCGUCGGAGGGAAGACAUCAAACUCAAAACAGAGGGUCAUCUCUUCGGAGCCCUCUGUGGUGAAAACACUCCCCUUACAUAUCUGUCCAUCACCGUGCUUAGGAGUCCCUGACAGGGGCUCAAGACAGGCGGGAAGUUUUGUAGGAAAAGAGCCCGCGCCCAGAGACAGAGGGAGAGCAUUUGGUGGGGAGAGGAGGAUGGACGCCCUGAUCCCUAUGCUGAAGAGUUACCCAGGCGCGACAGUGCUGGUAUUCGCUCUACUUUUCAGGGUGAUCCACCGGUUGCUUCAAAGGCUCCCAGUGCCCAAGUUGGUGAAGCAGAAUGAACUCACCAUCUGGAAGUGGAGGAACCUCUCUGUCUCCAUAGUGCACUCCCUGCUGACUGGAACAUGGGCCCUGACCUGUGUGUUGGUCUGGCCGGAGACGUUGCGCAACAUCCACUCUUACCACACCCCCCUGUCCUACCUGCUCGUCUGCGUCUCAACAGGAUACUUUGUGAACGAUGCUGCUGAUAUUAUCCUGACAGGAAACGGAAGAGGAUCAUGGGAAUUCCUAAUCCACCAUGUGUGUGUGAUCUCCUGCUUCCUGUACGCCCUCUAUACACAGCUGUAUGUAGCCGGAGCGGUGAUCGCUCUCUUCGUAGAGGUCAACAGUGUGACCCUGCACCUGAGGCUGCUGCUGAAGCUGGCGGGGGCUCAGUCCUCCUCCCUGUACUACUACAACAAAUUCACCAACAUCUUCACCUACGUCACGUUCCGUCUGAGCACCCAGUUCUACCUCACCUGGUACCUUGUCACCAACUACUCCUGGCUGGACAACGGCACGUAUUUUCUUAUCUCUAUGAUUGUGAUGAACGUCAUGAUCCUGAUUUAUUUCUACCGCCUGCUCCGCACUGACUUCUUCUCCUCGAGGAAGAGCUCCGUGGUGCAGAACGGGACGCACAACAACUCCAGGAACUUCCUCACUGAUUGAUCACAAAGUUUACAGAACUAUAUUAUGAUUUUUGUUUGGGGUGGGAGUUUACACAUUUUGUCUUUCUCGAGCUUUACGUGACACCGUCUUAUGACAGCAGGUCCACUUGUUCUCGCUGCCAAAGAACAAACCUCCAAACCAAAGCUUGGUGGCACCAGGUGCAGCAUUGUUCAAGUAAGUGCUGCAUUUAACAGAUGUUUGAAAAGCAGGAAAUGUGUCUUUUCAUGGGGAAGAAUACCAAAAAAUACUGCUCUAAUUAAAGAGAAAAGUCUUAAAUUCAGAAGACAUAUUAAUCCCCUUAGAUGUUACCAUUUAUAGCAUAUUUACAAUUUAUAAUCAGGUUGUGUCCUUUAAAAAUGCCUCAUUAAGAGGCUAUAUAUUUUUUUUGAAGAUUAGCGUAGCAUUAAUCUUAUGAAACAGAUCGCACAGCUAGCCUAUAUUUGUCCAAUGAGCAGAAAAAAUAUCCCUUUGAACACUUUGUUCAAAUUGAACCAAUUCUACAUGUCAUACUAAUCAGAAAGCUGCAGCCAUGCUGGAAGGAAAAGCUGAAUGCUAAAAAAAAAACAACUAGCUUUAUCGUUAGGAUACAAGAAUGAUUUCAAACAUCUCAAAUCUUGCAAAAAGCAAAUAAUGUCCAACUACUCCAUUAGUGCAUACAAACCUGUGUGAUUAAUAGUUCAACAAACACAUUUAAAAUAUGAGAUAACAUGUAGCAGUUGCUAACAGUCUUAGCUAAGCACCUCGCUACAUGUUGCCAUAUCUUAAUAUUUACAUGGGGAGCCGUGUUUUUAUGUUAACCCCUACCUCUCUCUCUCUCCCUAUCUCCCUGAGUGUGCGAACAUCCUGACAGCAAGCAUCUUCUGAAUUUGAAUGUGUUCAUUUUCAUGUUCGCUCUCUUGGUCUGUAUGAUGCCAUUGAUGGCUGAGAAGGUAUUGAGCUUUCACAAAAUGUUGCAUAGAAGUCGUCAUGGACCAAUUUGACUGUUAAAAUAUACGAGACCGCAGAACAAUAAUGGUCCUCUAAUGGUCCUCUGAUGGCCUGUUAUCUGUUAUCUGUUAUCUGUUUUUGACACAAGUAGGGCUGAAGCUGGUUCUUCCUGCCAUCUGAUCAUUGAGCUCAUGAGGAGCAGGCAGCAGCACAAUCAGUACUGAUACUGCUUUCAUGUAGACUAUUAGUCAAACAACAUGGACCUUUUAUGCUUGUUUUUGAAUGAUUAACACAAUAGUUAUUUUUGUGAUAUAUUGAAUGAUGGCCUUCUAAAUACGACAGUUUCUUCCUCUUUCCCCAACAGUGGACAUGGAUUUUUUUUUUUUUAAAUAAUGUCCUCGAGUGUGAAUCCUUUUUUUUAUAAAUAUAUUUCACUUUGUUAUACAAAUAAACACCAUUAGUGGACUUAAAAUGUCCCAAUCAUGACAGAAAUUGUAAGUGUGGACAGUUUCAUUUGAAAACCUAAUGAUCUCAGUCAACGCCAAGAAAGUUAGAGCGACAUGGAUGGAGUUUAGAUGUGUCUGUUUCGUCAUUCAGUGCCUUAACCGCAGUGCCUUUAAAAAACAUAUCAGCAAAACAGGGAUAACGAUAAUGAUUAAAUGUUUUAUUAUUCAGGAUGAUAUCUGUAUGAUUUAAUGAAAGCCAAGCCACAUACUGCUGCAUAAUUUUUACCACAAUGAUGUAAAACAUGUCAAAGUUAUAACUGAUGUUUUUGUAGCCCUAAUGUUUGUGGAUGGUUAUUGAUACCAUGAAAUAAAAUGAGUAUUUAAAAUA